AUGAUAGAGAAAAAAAUCUACUGUAUUUUUGGCAAUGGAACCGUCGAAGAAAGAGCCGCUAUUAAAAAAACAAUCCGUUACUUGGGAAUUAUUUUCAAAGUUAUGUCAUUUUUGUAUUUCUCAUCGCUGCUUAUUUUUGCACUAUGGCCACUGUAUGUGUACUAUACCGAAAACCAACUAGUUUCCCUGUUUUCCUAUGAAGUCCCAUAUCUUAGAAUAGACGAACCAACGGGAUAUAUAAUUCUGUUGCUCAUCCAAAUCAUCAUUUACAUAAUGGGAAUAUGUGGGGCAAUAGUCACGGACUAUAUGUUUAUUUUCGUCACAUUCCACGCACUACUGAGUGUUGAUCUGUUAAUUCUGAAUCUGAGCCAGUUAAAAAACAUACUGACGGUUAAAGAAUCCGAAAAAAAUCUGACGGAUUGGUAUGUGGCUUACUUUUUUCUUUUAUUAGUGUCGGCGGAACUUACCAUUUGUUUUAUUUUGGGCAAUGCAAUCGAGUUAAAGAUUGACGAGCUGUUCAACGCUGUAACCUCUUUACCGUGGCAUUUGUUGAGUUUGUUUCAGCAAAAAGAUUUCAUAUUUCUUUUGGCUCGUCAACAGAGGCCACUGAUUUUAACUAUUUACGGUUUUGUACCUUUGAACUUCGAGACUUACACAACUGUAUAUUUUCUGGUAUUGCGGGCGUUGUACCAAUUUUUCGUAUUGCUCUUACAGUAUCUGGAGUGA